AUCAUGGCUUCCAGUCACACUGUGUUGAUGCGGUUGGUAGCUUCAGCGUAUUCUAUUGCGCAAAAGGCAGGAGUGAUAGUCAGACGUGUUAUUGCUGAAGGAGACCUAGGCAUUGUGGAGAAGACGAGUGCAACAGACCUGCAAACCAAAGCUGAUAGACUGGCGCAAAUGAGCAUAUGCUCUUCACUGGCACGGAAAUUCCCCAAACUAACAAUUAUAGGGGAAGAGGAUUUGCCUGCUGAAGACGUGGACCAAGAACUUAUUGAAGACGGUCAGUGGGAUGAGAUAUUGAAGCAGCCAUGCCCAUCACAGUACAGUGCUAUUAAAGAGGAAGAUCUUGUGGUCUGGGUUGAUCCUCUGGACGGCACCAAGGAAUACACUGAAGGUCUUCUUGAUAAUGUAACUGUUCUUAUUGGAAUUGCUUAUGAAGGAAAAGCCAUAGCAGGAGUUAUUAACCAGCCAUAUUACAACUAUCAGGCAGGACCAGAUGCUGUGUUGGGAAGGACAAUCUGGGGAGUUUUAGGUUUAGGUGCCUUUGGGUUUCAGCUGAAAGAAGUCCCUGUUGGAAAGCACAUUGUCACAACUACCCGGUCCCAUAGCAACAAGUUGGUUACUGACUGUGUUACUGCCAUGAACCCUGAUGACGUGCUGCGCGUGGGAGGAGCAGGCAACAAGAUUAUUCAGCUGAUCGAAGGCAAAGCCUCUGCUUAUGUUUUCGCAAGUCCUGGCUGUAAGAAGUGGGAUACUUGUGCUCCGGAAGUCAUUUUACAUGCUGUUGGAGGCAAGUUAACAGAUAUCCAUGGAAAUGACCUUCAUUACAAUAAAGAAGUGAAGCAUAUGAACUCAGCAGGAGUCCUGGCCACCCUGAGGAAUUAUGACUAUUAUGCAAGUCGAGUUCCAGAGUCUGUUAAAAAGGCACUUGUUCCUUAAAGG